CGCUCGUUCAGCCGUACGUUUGCGCGUUCUACAAUCCCGCCGUGCUGCAACAAUCAUCUACCCUGACAAUCCACGAUACCCUUUCAAGCGAGACACCACACAAUCAUGAAGCGUGGAGCAAUCGACUCAUUCUUUACGCGCCCGUCUCCCAAGAAACCAAAGUAUGAAGUUAGUAAGGCCAAGUCGAGUCAUGCUUCAUAUCCCUUUGCGAUUCCACACCUACCAGAGGACUUCGCAGAACAGCUGGGCUUUGCGCCUGUCGAGGAGGGCAAAGUCAUGAACGACCAGCUUGACUUGGAUCUCGUUUACUACCAACCGUACAUACCUUCCUCCAUUGCUGGUGGCGUGUUUGAGUUUCUGCGGCAAGAACUACCCUUUUACCGCGUAAUCUACAACAUUACGCGUGGAGGAGUGCAGACACAGAUCAACACUCCCAGAUUCACAACCGUUUUUGGCGUCGACGACACAUCUCGCUUUGCCCCUGACGGAAAGAUUAUCGAUGCCAAGACAAGCAAACCGGUGGAGAAGAACAGGUACAAAUGCGCACCAAGACCCAUCCCACAAUGCCUGGACGAGCUGAGAAAAGUGACCGAGGGGACGACGGGGGAGACGUUCAAUUUCUGUCUCGUCAACUACUACGCCGAUGGCAAGGACAGCAUAUCCUACCAUUCAGACGACGAACGGUUUCUCGGCCCAAACCCAGCCAUUGCAUCUUUCAGUCUCGGUGCGAAGCGCGAUUUCCUCAUGAAGCACAAACCUAUACCACCGAAAGAUGGCGAGAAGAUGGAAGAGCCCAAAGGACUGAAGCUACCGCUGGGCUCGGGGGAUAUGAUUCUUAUGCGCGGUACGACGCAGGCGAAUUGGCUACAUAGUAUACCGAAGCGCGCGGGGCCGGAGGCUGGCAAGGGGAGGAUCAAUAUUACGUUCAGGAAGGCUAUGGUGAAAGGGGGAACGGAGAAUUAUUAUCAGUACAAUGUUGGGUCUGGCGGAGUGUAUAGAUGGGACGCGAAGGCUGAGAAGAUGGUGCAGCAGGAGAUUGAGAAAGGAAAUAAUGAAUGAUUCGUCUCUUAGUAAGGGGUUCGUGUCUGGGUUGGGCGUUCAUGUAAUGUGGAAGCACACCUUGCUCGGCCUGUCACCCACUCGAAUCAAUCUUUCUGUUCCAUGAUGAUUACUUUUCCAUCUCUUCUCCGUCUCUUAUCCGCUUGAUAUGAUUGCACCUCGGUGGAUUGACGUGCUGCUGGGACUUUUGUGAUUACGCAGCAGCCUAACCUGGGGCGGCGUUGGUGGGCAGGCAAGAAAUGGCUCGAGCGUGAGCCAAGUCAACCCCGCUCUCGGGACUGUCGCGGCCACUGAAAGUAUAAACUAUGGACAUGAAGUGAGAUUUGUGGUAUCAGAGCAAAGUGCUGCGGAAAAGUACUGGAUUAUGAGUG